UGUGGCGCCAGUCUCGUCCUAGAGCGGAACUCCAGAGACCCUUCCCGGCGUCCAACGCGCGCGUCACUCGAACGACCUCAGCUCGCGCAGCUGUACAGCACGCUUCACUGGCGCCACGAGCCGGGCUGUUGGCGGUAGAAGCUCGUGGAAACGCACGGAGGCAAUUCGUGGCGUUCAUUGAAAAACAGCUUAGUUAGUCCAAACAUCCCGGCGGAAAAAAUAAUAAACGAAUGGCUGGAAUAGAGGAGCUUUCUCCCUCAGUGGACACCCGGUCCCCUGCAGACGAAAUUGAAGGAGACGAAGAUGACGACGAGCUGGACGAGACGCUCGUGGAGAGACUUUGGGGACUCACUGAGAUGUUCCCAGACAGACUGCGCUCUGCAGCAGAGGUGUCAGCGCAGUGUUCACUCUCCGUGGCCAAGAAGCUGUACAGUUUCACACGAUCAGCACUCUGGGUGGGGACUACCUCCUUCAUGAUCCUUGUGCUGCCUGUCAUCUUUGAGACAGAGCGUCUGCAGCUGGAGCAGCAGCAACUACAACAGCAGAGACAGAUUCUGCUAGGACCUAACACUGGGAUGUCUGGCGGGAUGCCUGGUAUGAUGCCUCCAGCCCCAGGGAAGAUGUGAUCUGAAUGUCCCUCUGUGAGGCCUGGGGGCUGCACAGGGAGAAAGGGAGACUGGAAUGGGGAGAGUAACAGAGCCAAGGUGAUGAGGAGGAGGGGAGAGCAAACUGUGGAGUCAGUACACAAGUUCUUCCAAGUGCUUGAGGUUUGGCUUAGGGGCACUGCAACAUUUCCCUCCCUUCCACUGCCUCACUCAUACAACACACUGCAGAGACUGACCUCUGAUCACUGUCCUUUUACUUUUUUUAUAGUUAUAUAAAUAUGUAUAUGUUACAGGGGCUGGGGGAGGAUGAAUUAGGAAGAGGGAGUUGGACUCUUAAAUAUCAGAUUCUGUGCAGGUUUGGGCGUGCACAGAAUGGUAAUUUUGGGGGAUAGUUUAUUUUGAAGGAAUGUAGGCACAUCAUUCUCUCAAGCUACACAAUACCUGGACAAGAAUGUCACUCUGCCAACAAUUAAUAACAGCAGAACCCUGGAGUGAUGUAAAGUUUCAUGUAAAAUGCAUGUUUUGGGGCCAUUUUUGAUUCAUGCAUGGGAAGUCAGCUUAAUAGAAACAUUUAAUUGACUUUGUCAGUAUCUUCAAAAAUAAAAAAUCUGGGAAUGAAAGAAUCAAUCAUCUUUCGGGGGGAGAAGAGACAACUGCAAUGAAAGAUGUCUUAUGUGAUAUUUCAGUGUGUUCUCUGUGUCGUUUGGUACCAUAGUGUUUUUUUUCUGAUGGCCUGAGCAAGAAUGUAAAGAAUGUGACUUGCUCUUACUCACCUUUUUUCCUCAUUUUAUACCAACCCCUUUUACACUCUCUUACCUCUGCUCCCUGAGCAAAGUCAUUUUGUUGUUGUCUGACAUGACUUCAGAAAUAAAAACUGUUGGA